AUGCCGAUGUCAAAGGCCCCACCGGCCGCCUUAUUAGAUGGCCUGGGAUCUGGCGCAGGCGAAAUUCCGCUCGGUGCGACCCCCGGCGAUGUUGCGCAGGCAACGGACAAAGGGGGACAGGGGCUGGAGCCGGAGCUGCAGCUGGGACUGGCUGGUGUUGGUGCUGGUGCUGGUGCUGGCGCUGCUGCUGCAGCUGCUGCUCCACCGUCACCGUCGACCAGAGCGUCGACGCAAGACCUCGUCGACGCAGCAAACGCCGCCGCCGCCGCUCACACAACGGUGGCCACGCCCGCGAUGGAGCUCGAGCUGCAGACGGACCCGUUGCCGCUGCCGGCAGCACACGAGGCAAUUCCUGCAGCAGCCACGGCUAGCGACGCCGCGGCACCUCCCGACCAGCCCAGCGAUGCCGACGAGGCCCAGAAGACCCAGCAGCAGCAGCAGCAGCAGCCCAGCAGGGAGCAAGAUGAGCGCGCCAGUCGUCCGGGAGCACUUCCACGGCCGAUCGCGAGCAGCAGCGGCGAUGACGAUGCCCUCGUCGUCCAGGAGGCUGCCGCUGCUGGUCCCCUCCUCCCCUCUCCCGCUGCUCCCACAGCUCAUCUUCCGGCUGCCGCCGCUUCUGCUGCUGCUGCUGCUGCUGCUGCUCCUCCUCCUCCUCUUCAGGGCCGCGACGCAGCGGCGCACAGGCACGACCAGCCAAUGGUGGCCACCAAAUCUCCGCUCACCCCUGUCUUCCCCAGCGCUCCCAUUGCCAAUGGGCCGCUAGGCGCCAGAGCUCCACCAGCACACACCGUUCGAACAGUCUCUAAUCCUGUCCGUGGCAACUUCAUCGCUCCGACAGAUGUAACUCAGUCCACGGCGCGCUCUCUGAGUUCCGGCGCAGCUUUCUUACACAAGGUCACGCAGCAGCAGUCGGCCAGCCUCGCCACCAUGAAGCCCAACGUUGGGUCGAGCAUUUCGCAGCGCAUCAAGGCGCUGGAGAAGCUCUCGGCCACGUCGGGCGACCAGUCCCGGCCCGUCAGUCGCGAGCGGCCGUCGUCGACCUUCUUCGCCGUGCAGAAACGGGACACGUCGAGGGCGCCGUCCGUCGUCGACAGGACCAGGUCACUGCACGGCCGAGCCGCGUCGCCCACGCCCUCGUACCAGGACGAUGCGCUCGAGGGCAGAGUGCGGCUGCAGAGGUCCGGCUCCGUCGUCAGUCGGGUGUCCAUGUUUGAGCCGCUGGCCGCAGUCGCAUCCUCAGCCGCAUCUGCCUCGAGCCCGCCGCCGGGCCUGGCGCCCGGCACGCAGUCGCGAGGCCGGCCAGAGUCCAUCGCCAUCACCACCAAAUUCGCUGGCUACGAGCUGCCGCCCAAGGACGCCUCCUCAGAGUACGGCGGCUACCAGUCACCCCUCACGGCUGCUGACUACCUCCGAGGCGAUGAGGGCUCUGAACGGAGGCCCAGGUCCCUCGAGCGCCGCGGCGAGGACGACAUGGGUAGGCGAUCCUCGCUGAAUGUGGUCAAGG